AUGAUCCCGUCGCCGUCAUCAGGAAACGCGACCUUGCCCGCUUUCGCCGCCGCGACACCGCAUUUCUUGCUUGGCAGAGCCCAAUGUCCGGGAGGCACUUUCCCGUGUCCCACGUCGCUGGGCGCCGUGUUCAGCGACAUAUGCUGCAAGACUGAUCAGCUGUGCACCCUGGACGGUGGCAAUAACGCCGCGUGCUGUCCGUCUGGCGCCGUGUGCACCGGCUCCGCUCCCUCCCCUGUGACUUCAACCGUCCCUCCCGCCCCGACAUCGUACGUCACGAACCCUUACUACUCUUUCCCCUACGCCCCGGCUUCGCUCGCAAACAGCGCCGCUUGCGCGUCGGCCACCAGCGCCUGCUCUUCACACUACGACGCUUGCGUCACCAACCUCGGGGGAUCCGGCUACGGGGUCACCAUCGACGUUCCGGGAGGAGGGGGCACCACUGUCAACCCGGACAACCACCGCCUGGGCCCCUCAGCAACCGCCGUCUGCUCCAGCUUGAGCAGCCAGGCGUGCGCGAGCCUCGGAGCGACAAGAUGCGACUCCUUCAGCCAAGGCUCCGCUGCAAGCAGUGGCAGGUCGCGGCGCAAACGGUCCGUUGCAGUGACCAUUGCGAUAUCGACUAUUCUGCCCAUGGUCAUCGCCUCCGCAGCCUAG